AUGACUAGGUACAGGUACAGGUUCUUUUACCGCGUGGAGGACGAAGAUUCUCAGGCAGUUACAAUCCUGGGGGAGGGAAUAUCGGCCAUGGGGACAGCCAGGAUCGACUUUGGUGCCAUCUACGGGCGGGAAACAGAGGUGCUUCGGUGGAAUCUUGAACAGCACCUGCACUGGAAUAGUGAUUACAGGUCGCCAUUCAUUUCAGCAUACGAGGACGAAGAUGUCGCAUUCGAUAUUGCAUAUGGACGCAAGAAGAAGGGGAAGAAUCGUGUGAGCGUCACGGUGAUUGACGUUUCCAGGGUGUAUGGUGAGGUGGAAUUUCGCGAGAUGCGCCCUCUUGCGAAGCGUUUGGGUAUCUGGAUUCCGGAAAAGGCAUACAACAACUCGAAGCAUGAAUGGGUCUUCUUACAUGACAUACCUGACGAUGCCAUAGUUGAUGUUCAUGAUAUUUAG